CCAAUAUGAUAAAUAUGUAAUUGUGUAAGCAUCUAUAGUUGGAUAUUUGAUACAUAUUGCAGCAUCGAGAACUACGAAACAGACCUCAUCCUAGGCACAUACCACAAUGAAUCAUCGGACGAGGCUGAUGAUGAUGAUGACUCCAAUGAUGAGAACAACUGGCGGAAUGAUUAUCCGGAUACAGAAGCAAGUAGCAUCGAUGAAGAUGAUAUGAUUGCGGCUAUGAAGCAGUGUGAUAUAGAUGAACUCUCAAGCGAUGAUGGCGAGGACAAAAUAUACAACGAUCCCCCGGACCUAUUCAAUGAGGACGUCAAAAGAUACGGAGCGGCCUACGCCAAGUAUAAAGCCAGAGUCAUAGCCGAAGAAACAGAAGUCCUAGAUAGCACAAACCUCGUCCAUUGUUCCAGAAUAAAGGAUUUGGAUGAGGAAUCUAUAGAUGGUUAUAAAGAUGAUAGCGAUAAUGGUUUUUAUUAUGGCCAAGAAGAAGAUACGGAACAAUUUUGUGAACAGUAUAGUGAUGAUGUUUAUAACCCAGAUUGAGUAAUAAAUUGAUUGUUUGUAA